AUGCGCGGCUGCCUCAGCCCGUGCGACCCGCCUAGGGGCGCCGCGCCUGCGCACUGCGGCGCCGUGACGUCCCGCCCGCGCGCCGGCGGGCGGGGGGCGGGGGGAGCGGGCGGGGGCGGGACGGGACCGGACGGCGCGGGGAGCGCAGAGCCCGCCGCCCCGACGGGAGCGGGCGGGGGAGCCGGGGGUCCCGGGGGUCCCGGCACCGAGCGAAGGGUCCGGCCCACCCUGCGGCUGUGCGGCCGCGGCUCGAUUGAUGCCCGAGGGCGGUCCCCGGCACUGACCGAGGGCUUUGCGGCAGCGCCGGGCCGGCCAGACCUGGCGAGGCCGGUGAACCUGCGAGCUUUGUCUCCUCCUUCCCGAGGCAUCGACUUUGAUGUUAAGAAGAAAAGAAAAGUGGCAGAGAUUUACCGGGCUCUGAACAGUGACCCCAUCGACGUGGCGGCGCUGAGGCGGAUGGCGAUCAGCAAGGGCGGGCUGCUCACGGACGAGAUCCGGUGCAAAGUGUGGCCAAAGCUGCUCAGUGUUAACACAGACGACCUGCCCCCUCUUCCAGCAAGGAAGGAGCUGCGAGAGGACAAUAAGGAUUACCAGCAAGUGUUACUGGAUGUGCGGCGAUCCCUGCGCCGCUUCCCACCAGAUAUGCCAGAUGACCAGAGGGAAGGAUUGCAGGAGGAGCUCAUCGAUAUCAUCCUCCACGUCCUCAAGCGCAACCCCCAGCUGCACUACUACCAGGGAUACCAUGACAUCGUGGUCACCUUCCUCCUGGUGGUGGGGGACAGGCUGGCCACAGCUCUGGUGGAGAAGCUCUCAACACAUCAUCUCAGGGAUUUUAUGGACCAAACGAUGGAUAAUACCAAGCACAUUUUAAAUUACCUGAUGCCCAUCAUAGACCAGGUGAACCCUGAGGUGCAUGACUUCCUGCAGAGUGCAGAGGUGGGAACCAUCUUUGCCCUCAGCUGGCUGAUCACCUGGUUUGGCCACGUUUUGUCUGACUUCCGGCACGUUGUGCGAUUAUAUGACUUCUUCCUGGCUUGCCACCCGCUGAUGCCCAUUUAUUUUGCAGCUGUGAUCGUGCUGCACCGGGAGCAGGAAGUUCUGGACUGUGAGUGUGACAUGGCCUCUGUCCACCACCUCCUAUCCCAGAUCCCACAAGACCUUCCUUAUGAGUCUCUGAUCAGCAAAGCCGGCGACCUUUUUGUCCAGUUCCCACCUUCUGAACUCGCCAAGGAGGCAGCUCAGGCAGCUCAGGCGGAACGAACUGCGGCUUCCACUUUUAAGGACUUUGAGUUGGCAUCAGUGCAGCAGAGACCAGACACUGUGUUGAGGCAACGCUUCAGAGAGCGGCUCCGAGGGGAGGAGCGGCUCCGAGGGGAGGAGCGGACAAAAUCCAUCUUGACAAAGCCCCGGACCAACCGCUUUGUCAAGCUGGCAGUGAUGGGGCUGACGGUGGCACUGGGAGCAGCUGCCCUGGCCAUGGUGAAGAGCGCGCUGGAGUGGGCACCCAAGUUCCAGCUGCAGAUUUUCCCCUGAAGCCGGAGGAAGGGUCUUUGCUGUCACAUCCCCAGCAGGAAAGGCUGAUGUGUGAUGAAGGACAUGUCCAGAAACGACCUGUCUGGAGACUAUUUAUUAUUCUUACUGCGUCCAGUAACACUUUUGGCCUUUGUGACAGAGACUGAGGGAACCAGCCCAGCAGGACGGUUCCCCACACCAUGCUCACCUUGUUUCCCUCUCCCUGUGCCAGGGUGAGCAGACAGGCACUCCUGCUGUCUCCUGAGAAACCAGAGGUAUGGACAAAUUUGGCUGGUCAGGCUGUGCUCAGGUGACUGUACAGAGGGAGAGCUGUGUGUGGGCUGUGCCCAAAUGAUCCUGUGCUCUCCACUGGGGAAAACUAGUGGGAGUGAGAGCAAAUCUUCGCCUGGAGGAGGGUGUCCAACAGGGUUUGUUCUGGGUGCUUGUGUGUGUGAGGGGGAAGGGCGUUGCACUUCUGAGGAACAGGGCAACCCUUUGGCUCUUCAUUGCUCCAGUGUGCCCCACAAUCUGCCUUCAGCUUUGCCAGUGCUCCAGCUCUUCCCUGUCCUGUGGACACCCUGUGAGCAGAGCCAAACCUUUCCCAUACCCUGGCCAGCACAAUGCUGUGAGCUUCUCUUCAGUGUGUAACACUCCCUGGCUCUUUUUGCUUCCACAUCUUUGCAGCCUGAUCUGUUUGUGGGGGCCAGGAGCAGACCUUAGCUCCCCUCAGCUCUCAGGCACUGCCACUGCUGCGCUGGCAGUACUGUGACCAUAUCUGGGGUCAGUGAGGUGAGCACGAGUGCAGUCACCCUGCUGAGGGUGUGUAUUGUCAUGUGCCAGGUUAUGCUGCCACAAGUCUUAGUGGCACUGUAAACACCCAUUGCAGACUUCUUUAAUAGCUCUGGAAGUGGACCUUAACAUGCCCACAUGGAGAAAGGCUUUUUCCACCUUGUGAAACAUUUUGCACAGGAUAGAAGUUGUUGCACUAGGAAAUGUGACAAAAACCUCCCCCACAGGCUGAUCAGGCUUCAGCAUCACCUCUGGAAAUACCACAAGGGGUUUCCCAGAAAGGCCACCCUGACCCCUGCAUAGCUCCCAUUUCCCCAUCAGUUCCAUUGGCAGUCCCAGCGCUCCCUGCCCUCCAAGCUAAGCAGCAAAUCCUUCUAGACAACUCAGUGUCCCACUGAGACAGAGCCAAUAGACACUCUAUGCCUCUACCUCUCCCCCAAGCUGCUAAAUCUCCUUCAAGUGUCCUUACCUGUCCCUCACAGCUCCCUCCCUCUGCCCCAUCAUUGCUCUGUUGUGCCCAAAGCCAUCUGUGCCAUGCCCAGGGGCUGCACACCUGAAAAGGAGGUGUUGGUUGAAGGGAUUUUGGGAUAGAGAAGAAAACUCAUGCCCUGGAGAGCUCAGCACCCCCAACUCCCACCCUUCUUGGUCCAUAACUGCCCUGGGUGUGUUCUGGUUUGCCCCAUGGGCCCUUGCUCAUGGAAGGGAUGUGCCUUUCUGGCCAGAGGGCAGGUGGGCAGUUUUCAUUCCUGACUUGUGUUCCCAUGAAACUCUAAGCAGAGCCUCUGUAGGUGAAAUGUGGAGUGAGUGAAACUGCCCUUGUCCAGGCAGGCAGCAAGACCUGUUCCCUCCUCUCCUCAGUGGUGCCAGUGGCCUUGGAGAGAUCUGGGGCUGCUCAGGGGGCUCCUCCCAGUGUGGCUGAAGGCAGAGCCCAUUCCUGGCCCCUUGGCACCCCCAGAGCAGGACUGGAGGCUGGGUCACUUGGCACUUUAGAAAACACUGGAGAGUGUGGUGACCUGGGAGUGCUGCUGGAGGGCCCAGGACUGCUCUGUACAUUACGCUGAAGGAGGGGAUGGCUGGAGCCCCCCAGGAGGAGCCCCUGCAGCCCCUCCAUUCCCUGGCCAUGAUGCACUUUAGUUCUUGUGUUGUCCCCAGUGGGGGGAGAAGGGCCUGGGAGGAGUCCAGGGUGCUUCAGUUACUCUGUACAAAGACUUAUACACCCCCUGUAAAUGCAGAUUUCUACACGCCCUAAAACUGUAAAAUAAACAGUUACUAAACACA